GGAUUCUCGGCACCAGAUUGAAUGCGAAUCGAUCCUCGCUUCACCCCUUGCUUCAGGUGAUCCGGCAAGAUACGUGGUUGCAAUCAGUCCUGAUCCUUCCGCCUUGCGAGCGAGCGAGCGAUGGAAGGCAGAGGGAGCGCGCCGUACUUCGACCCUGACUUCGAUUUCCUCGUCGAGAGGAUCAACCCUCGGGUUUGCAUCGACAACGAGGCAUGCGAGGACUGCACACUCGUCAAGGUGGACAGCGCCAACAGGAACGGGAUCCUUUUAGAGAUGGUCCAGCUCCUCACCGACCUCGACCUCGUAAUCUCCAAGUCCUACAUUUCGUCCGACGGCGGCUGGCUCAUGGAUGUGUUUCACGUAGGGGACCGGCUCGGUAACAAGCUAACGGAUCCCGACCUCAUCCGCUAUAUCCAGCAGUCGCUGGUGAGCGGGCAGAAGGGGGCUCGGAGCGCGGACGAAGUGACGACCUGCCUCGGGAAGUUGGUGGGUCCCGGCCAGCUGGCAUCGGAGCACGCUGCCGUCGAGAUCACGGCCACAGACCGGCCCGGCCUCCUCUCCGAAAUCGCCGCCGUCCUCGCCGAGCUCCAUUGCCACGUGGCCUGCGCCCAGGCGUGGACCCAUAAUUCUUGCGCCGCUGUCAUUCUCUAUGUGAUCGACGAGCCCACUCGCAGGCCCAUCGCCGACGCUGACCGGCUGGCUCACGUCGAACAGCAGGUCGAUAGUGUGGUCGGGGCCCACCAUGAGCCCGGCGAGCGACGGCGGGUGAUGGUCUCGGGACCGAUGCCCGGCCGCGUGCACAUGGAGAGGCGUCUCCACCAGCUGAUGUACGAGGAGGGGGAUUACGAGACCGGGCCGCCGCCGCCUCCUGCGAAUGGCGACCAGUUCGCCGACGCCAACCUCGAAGCGAGGAGGGACAACGUACUUUUCUUGUGGUCUCCGUCGUCGUCGUCAUCAACGGUGAUGAGGACACGGGCAUCCAUCGACAUCUGGAAGGAGAGAGGGUACACGGUGGUCAACAUACAGAGCAGGGACCGCCCCAAACUCCUCUUCGACACGGUGUGCACGCUGACCGACAUGAAGUACGUGGUGUACCACGCCGCCGUCGGGUCACGCGGACCGCUCGCCGUGCAGGAAUACUACGUCCGGCGCAUGGACGGGUGCACUCUGGAUACGGAGAGCGAGAGGCAAAAGGUCAGCCGGUGCUUGGUGGCCGCCGUGGAGCGUAGAGCCUGUCAUGGAUUGAGGCUGGACAUAAGCACAAGGGACCGGCGGGGCCUGCUGUCGGACAUCACCAGGGUGCUCAGGGAGAACGGGCUGUCACUGACGAUGGCAGAGUGCGCGACGCGAGGGGAGAGGGCGGUGGGGACGUUCUACGUGACGGACGCUUCGGGCGGCGGCAAUGUGGACCCGAAGAGCAUGAAGGCGGUGAGGGAGGAACUGGGCGAGAGCGUCACUCUAGUAGUGCGUGCGGGAGGAUGGGGCUGCGCCAAAAGCAAUUGCAGCACAAGUAGCAGCACCACACUGUCGCCUUCGUUGUCGACGUCGUCGGUUGACGGAGACAGAAGCAGAAUCAUGACCUCCAUCGGAAGCUCCCUUGGAAGUCUGCUGUGGUCGCACAUCGAGCGGCUCUCGAGCAACUUCGGGUCCAUCAGAUCAUGAAAUGCGACAUCCAUGCAUCUCGAUACAGCUCGUGGCCUCGCUAUGGCCGGCCCGGCCGUACCAAUCUUCGAUAUGA